UCCACCGAACACUCCCAAAAUGGACCAAAACAACAACCAGCAGCCGCAUUCCUCCGCCUACCCUCCUCCUCCUCCUCCGUCCGCCGCCGCCGCCGCCUCCGGAGGCAUCGUCCCCUCAGCCGCCGCAGCAGCCGGAGGAACCCCCUACCACCACCUCCUCCAGCAACAGCAGCAGCAGCUCCAGAUGUUCUGGUCGUACCAGCGUCAGGAGAUCGAGCAGGUUAACGAUUUCAAAAACCACCAGCUUCCUCUCGCUCGGAUUAAGAAGAUCAUGAAGGCCGACGAAGAUGUCCGCAUGAUCUCCGCCGAGGCCCCGAUCCUCUUCGCCAAGGCCUGCGAGCUCUUCAUCCUCGAGCUCACGAUCCGAUCCUGGCUCCACGCCGAGGAGAACAAGCGUCGCACCCUCCAGAAGAACGACAUCGCCGCGGCCAUCACCAGGACCGACAUCUUCGAUUUCCUCGUCGAUAUUGUCCCCAGGGACGAGAUCAAGGACGAGGUCGCGCUCGGCGGGAUGGUGACGCCGACGGCGAGCGGUGUUCCGUAUUAUUACCCUCCGAUGGGUCAGCCGGCGGGUCCCGGCGGGAUGAUGAUCGGGAGGCCCGCCAUGGAUCCCACCGGAGUUUAUGUGCAGCCGCCAUCUCAGGCGUGGCAGAGCGUUUGGCAGACUUCGGCCACCGGCGAUGAGGUGUCGUACGGAAGCGGCGGGAGCAGCGGCCAGGGUAACCUUCAGGGCCAAGGCUGAGCAUGAGGAUUUCAGAUGCCGCCUUCUUGCCAGGUGCUGCUGUUGAAGACAGUGGAAUUCAGUCGACACUACCUUGAUUUUUCAUGCAUCUGAUUUAUGUCUGCUGCUUUCAAUUUUACGGGCUUACUUGGAAAAAGAAACUCAGCCUUCUGCGCAAAGCUUAUAAGACAAUGCAGCCAAAAACCAUAACUGCUGCAACUCAGCCUAACAAUAUGUCGAAUGUGCAGUUUCUAAUUUUCGCUUUCA